AUGUCUCUCUUACCAAGUCCCGAGCAAGAACGCCUCCGCGAGAUUAUCGCACAAGACCCCCUCGCCGGAUGGGACCAGGCUUGGCAGAAGAAAGUGACGCCAUGGGAUGCAGGGCAGUCGCAGCCUCCCCUGCGCGAUCUGCUCGCUUCCGGAGAGCUGAACCUGCCUAAAUCUGGACGUGCUCUGGUUCCAGGCUGUGGCCGGGGGUAUGACACCAUCCUCAUCGCAUCGACACUCGGGCUGGAAACUAUAGGGCUGGACAUAUCUCCGUCUGCUGUUGCUGCUGCAAACGCUCUUGCAGAAUCUUCCGAUCUCCCCUCUGGCAUCAAGAUCACUAUAUCGACCGACGAUUUCUUCACGUUUACAACAUCAGAAGAAGAGCGGUUUGAUCUGGUGUAUGACUACACGUUUUUUGUCGCCAUCCCGCCUGCACGGCGCCCAGAGUGGGGGCAGCAAAUGCGCCAGCUCAUCAAGCCCGGUGGUUAUCUAAUCACACUUGUAUUCCCUCUUGACGAUCAGCCCGAGGGUGUCGGCCCCCCGUUUUUCGUUUUACCAGAUCACUAUGCUGUGGCUCUCGGAGACGGAUGGGGGAAAGUAGUCGACAAAGUACCCGCUGUCAGCCUCGAGAGUCAUAAGGACAGAGAACGUAUAGUUGUGUAUAGACGUUCUUGA